AUGCCCCCCUGGUCUCCCAAGACCCUGAGGGCAUCUUCCCAAGGGCCUCAUCCUCUCAGAGAGAUAAUCAGUGACAAAUGUUUAAAAGGAAACCUAGAAGAUAAAAGUGAUCAUAUUAAUAUCACAAAUAGUACUACUUCUACUGUUAUCCUUACUGCUGUUGGCUCUGUUGUUCUAGAGCACAAAGGUUCUCCCGAGAGUCCAGUGGAGUUAGGAUCUCUCUAUGGUGAAGCAAAUAAUGGUGAAGCAAAAGAUGGUGAAGCAAAAGAUGGUGAAGCAAAUGAUGGUGAAGCAAAAGAUGGUGAAGCAAAAGAGGGUGAAGCAAGAGAUAGUGAAGCAAGAGACAGUGGAGCUAAAGAUAGUGAAGCAAGAGAUAGUGAAGUAAGAGACAGUGACGCUAAAGAUAGUGAAGCAAGAGAUAGUGAAGCAAGAGACAGUGAAGCUAAAGAUAGUGAGGCAAGAGAUAGUGAAGCAAGAGACAGUGAAGCUAAAGAUAGUGAAGCAAGAGAUAGUGAAGCAAGAGACAGUGAAGCAAAAGAUGGUGAAGCAAGAUAUAGUGAAGCAAGAUAUAGUGAAGCAAGAUAUAGUGAAGCAAGAGACAGUGAAGCAAAAGAUAGUGAAGCAUGA